AUGGCCACUCUUGUACCCUUUCAAGACGUACCACACGUUCCUAUCCCCGCGAGAGGCGUCGACUACCGCGGAAAGGUAGUUCUCGCACCCAUGGUUCGGUCGGGAGAACUCCCAUCGCGCCUUUUGGCUCUCAAAUAUGGCGCAGACCUGGUAUGGGGUCCAGAGACGGUCGAUCGAUCCAUGAUUGGAACCACGCAACAGACCAAUCCUCGCACUGGCUGCAUAGAGUGGACGCGUACCUCCAACAACGAUUCUACGAGUGUGAUAUAUCGCAUUGAUCCACAAAGAGAGUCUGACAAAUUAAUCUAUCAAAUCGGUACUGCUUCGCCCGACUACGCCGUCCAGGCUGCGUCGCUUGUGGCUCCUUACGUUCGUGGAAUCGACGUGAAUGCUGGAUGCCCGAAGCCCUUCUCUACUUCAGGAGGCAUGGGCGCAGCACUACUUCGAACUCCGGACCAUCUUUGCAAUAUCCUGACAGCCCUGGUCGCGAAAGUGGGAACACCUCAUGAGAUCGGUAUCAGCGUCAAGAUUCGAUUGCUCGAGACGCCUGAAUUGACCUCCGAGCUUGUCAACAAACUUUGCAAAACUGGCAUUAUUGGCUUGACCAUUCACUGCCGGACUACGCCAAUGAGACCAAGAGAACGUGCUAUCAGGGAUCAGCUGCGUAUGAUCGGUGACAUAUGCAGAAGCCAUGGGGUCGCUUGCCUGAUGAACGGAGACGUGACAUCGCGUGAAGAAGGGCUGGCCCUUGCCAAAGAGUAUGGCAUCGAUGGAGCAAUGAUUGCCACGGCAGCCGAAGCUAACCCAUCAGUUUUUCGCACCAAAGAGCAGGGUGGGCUGGCACCUUGGCGGGAGGUGGUCAUAGAGUAUAUGCAGCUUGCGAUGAGCGUAGAGAAUAAAUGGGGAAACACGAAAUUCUUGUUAUCUCAGCUCAUGCCUGGAAAGAGUCCCAUUUAUCAAUCAGUUCAGAAGUCGCGAAGCUACACAGAAGCACUUUCGCUUUUGGAGAUCUCUGAUUUGGAUACUGUGGGGAAGGCGAAAGACAUCGAUCGCGUCCUCCUUCUGGAUAUUCCGCAAACAACCAAGGCAGAUAUCAAGCGGCAACACAGACAAGAGAACCGAGAGAACCAGGCAAAGAAACAGGAAAAGAAGAGGGCCCUGGAGCAGAGAAGUGAUCAGAACGAACACAUUCACCAGGAGCCGAACAAGAAGCAAAAGGCCGAGAUAGCAGCCGAGAACUCAGGGUUUGAUGGAGUAAGUCAGGGCGCCCUGGCGGUAGCAGCGUGA